UCCGGCAGUCACAGCUUCCCAGACCCCCAUUCCUGUCGAGAACCGAUCAAGCGACCCAAUCCAACAAAAUGAACGACGAGAACCCCAGUGUGGAGGAGCAGCGCGAGCGGAUCGACAACGCGAUGAUCAACGCCCUGGACGACCUGGACCGCGAGUACCUGCGCAAGCUGGAGAUCCAGAUGCACGUCUGUGCCACCAAGUGCUGCGCCAACUCGGACGCCAGCGCCGAGGCGGUCCAGCGCUGCGUCGACCGCUGCCAGUUGCCCCUCACCCGGGCCCGCUGCUACGUCCAGCAGGAGCUCUCCGAAUUCGAGAACCGCCUGGAGACCUGCGUGCAGAAGUGCCACCAGAUGAGGGGGGGCGGUGGGGACUGCCACCUGGAGCGCUGCUCCAUCGAAUGCAUCGACGGGCACGUGGCCCUGCUGCCGGAGAUGCUCCGGGCCAUGCGGGUCACCCUGGAGAAGGGCCUGUGAGGGCCAUCCCCAUCCCCAGCCACUAGCGUUAUAUUUUUGUUACCUUCCAUAAACCACCGAAAAUGGAAUGUUGUUCCGUUGUUGCACCCAAAGUAGUUGGUCGGUUGCGUAUUCCUUGGAGUAAUUAACAAAUGCAUUCCGUUGGAUAAUCAGAAGAAUGAACUACUUGCUGACCUUAUCUGUAAAUACACUUAGUUGCUGGAGCCAUAACUCAGUUUUUAAUUAUCGCCGGAGAGUGGCUUAAAAGGGGCUGCCUUCUUGGCGGCCAUUCAUUCCAGAAUGCAUCACCUUGGGGGCCUCGGCUGCCUCCUCCUGCUGGCCGUCUCUGGCAUGGCCCUCGAUCUGAGACCGAGGGGUGUCCUGUUCCCCGAAAGUCUCAAAGGAUCUCUCGAACAGUUCGGCUUGAAUGAAGAGAGCGCUGAUCUUAUCGUUGGAACCUACGAAGAAUUGAGGACCUGCCUCCAGCAACAGGAUAACUUCAACAAGAGGGUCCACUUGGUAGACCAGCUGGUCAAGGACCUCAUAGCUGGACUGGGCACAACCCUGAAGAAAAGGUCACUAGAUUACUGAAUGAAGCUUGGUAUGAAGCUAAGAGAGUCCUUGUAGAGGCAGAUCCAAAUACAAUUAAAAAAGGACCCUUUCCGCCCUGCAA